AAAUGCUCUGGAACAUUGCAAGAAUUCUGGAAUUAUUUCUCAUAAAGAAAAAUACUCUCGAGGUGAAUCAUAUUAUGAGAAACACACCAGAGACGAUUUAUAUUAUGUACAACAAACGAAAGUGAUGUUUCCAUGA